AUGGCCGACGACGGCGGCCGGGGCUUCACAUUAUACCAUCAGCGCAAUGUCAUUGAGGUCGACUUUGCCGGGGCGCUUUACUGCACUGCGCACCUCACGAUCCAGCCGACCAACCCCCAAUUGCGCACCGUGUUCCUGCACGCGUCGCCGCUCCUCCACAUUGGCGCCGUAACCCUCUCGAGCCCGACCGAGGCAGACCCGCUCCUCCCCACUCCAGCGACUUUCAACGUCGUAAACCCGUUCCAGCCGUUGCCGGUGCGCGAACCACCGAUCGACCUCAAGAGCCAUCAGGAGAUCAAGCGCAAGACGUGGGCUGCGCUCGGCGAGAAGGAAGAGGGCGAGCUCGCCAUUUCUGUGUCACACGGAUGGGUUCGGCUAGUUGAGGGACCGCAGGGCGAUGGUGUCACUGUCAAGUUGGCUCCAAUCCAAAUCCAGAUCGACUACAGCCUGGUCGUUGGCGGCGAGGUCACGGAGGGCAUCGUUUUUCGGCGCCCAGGUGAUGGCGGCGACGAGUCGCAAAUUCCUCACAUGUUUCUCUCGCCCACUACGUCUGACGCCGCGCGGAUAUGGACACCGUGUGUCGACAGCUUGUGGGAGCGCUGUACGUGGGAGCUCGAGUUCAUCGUGCCGCGCUACAUCGAGGGCGGGGAACCGCGUGGUGACAACGAUGCUUUUCCUACCCUGGUCGUUGCCAGCGGCGAGCUGGAAGCACAGUCGACCCACCCGCACGACCCGCAUAAGGUCAUCUUCUACUACAUACAGACCACGCCCGCGUCCGUGCAGCACAUUACGUUUGCGGCCGGCCCGUUCGAGAUGCUCCAGGUUCCCGUCAUCCAGGGGCUCACUGGGAGCGAGUCGCAGAAGCCGAUUCUCGGCUUCUGCUUGCCUGGACAGCUCGACGAGCUCUCGACGUCGACGUCCUUCCUCCCCAGAGCGAUGUGCUUCUACGGCUCCGAGUUUGGCUCAUUCCCCUUUUCGGCGUACAAGAUGGUGUUCGUCUCGAACCCGCGUGCGCAGAGUUCAGUGGCAGUCACGAUGGGCGUCUUCUCGUCUGACCUUCUCCACCCAGCGAACGUUAUUGACCAGGCGAUCGAAACGCGGCAGCAUCUCUCACUCGCGCUCAUCCAACAAUGGGUUGGUGUCAACAUCAUCCAGCGCACUCUCUCGGAUACCUGGCUCAUCACCGGUCUCGCACUGUAUCUCCACUCCCUCUUCAUCCGGCAUCUUCUCGGCAACAACGAGUACAGAUUCCGAUUGAAGAAGGACAUGGACCGCUGCGCGAUCGAGGACCAGGGUGACCAGCUGCCUCUAUGUAUGCCUGGUGCCAUUGACCCUCCCUCCGCGCAGCAGUCUACCUUCAUGAGCCUCAAGGCGCCGCUUGUCCUCUACAUCCUUGACCGCCACAUCGCCAAGUCGGGCACGAACUUAGGCCUGUCGCGCGUCAUCCCCCGCAUCUUCCUCGCCUCGCUGUCGGACGAGUUACCAAACAACAUGCUCUCCACAUCCUACUUCUUCCGGUUGUGCCGCAAAGUCAGCGGCAUGGACCUUCUCACCUUCGCAGACCAGUGGGUCUAUGGGAGUGGCUGCCCGGUCAUCUCGAUCCGGACCAACUUCAUUCGCAAGAAGUUCCUCGUCGAGUUUACAGUCGAGCAGAGCCAACCCGCGCUGGCGGCGGCGGACGCGUUGGAUCCGAAGGGCAAGGAAAAGAUGCUCACAAGCAGGCGGCCAACACCCUUCUUCGAGGGGAGUUUGACCGUGCGCAUCCACGAAGCGGACGGCGCGCCGUUUGAGCAUCUCGUCGACCUGAAGACGAACAAGAAGACCUUCCCUCUGCCCUUCAACACCAAGUACAAGCGUACAAGGCGAAGUGGGCACGUUGCUGCGCGUUUCUCCAAGUUGCAGGACGCGCUCGCUCAAGCGGACGACAACGACGAGGAUCAGGAGGCCGAGCUGCGUGACUUGGACCGCGGCGAGGUCUUCGCGUACCCUCCGUGGGAGGACGAGGAAGAGCAACGCAGGUGGCGCGUGCACGACUGGAGCGAGGAGGAAGCGCAGGCCAUGUUGGGUGAGGGAGGCGGGUACGAGUGGAUCCGGGUCGACCCGGACUUGGAAUGGCUCGCCAAGUUUGAGAUCCAUGAGAAGCCUUGGUUCUGGAUUUCCCAGCUCCAGGGGGACCGGGAUGUCGUCGCACAGCUGCAGGCCAUCCAGUCAAUGUCACACGCCUCGUCACCAGUGAUCGCCAGUGAGCUUGCGCGCACAGUAUUGGUGGAAAAUUACUUCUACCGCGUGCGCAUGGAGGCAGCGCGUGCUCUUGUUGCUUACAACACUGCUGAGGCGGACUACAUGGGUGGCUUUUGUCUCAUGAAGCUGUUCCACACGUUCUACUGUCAACCGACAGACGAAGAGGAUCCGACGUUGGCUCCAGUUUACCCUCUCCCGAACGACUUCUCCAACUUCGCCCAGUACUUCCUGAAGAAGUGCAUGAUCACUGCGAUGUGUGAGAUGCGAGAUCAGCAACCCCGCACAGUCUGGCGGCAUGUAAGGCGACUCCUCCUCGAACUACUGCAGCAGAACGAUAACAGCUUGAACGAGUACUCGGACUCGCACUACGUCGCCACGGUGAUCAGCGCGAUCGGCUCUGCGUUCUCUGCUGGCACCAACGCUGCUACGAAUAUGACGGAUCACGACAAGGAGGUCGACGCACAGUUGUUGCGUGAUGCCAUGGACGCCAACGAGAGAGCGAUUACAGUGGACCGCCUUGUACCCAGCUACCACAACGUCGUGACACUGGCUGGACUGCAGGCUCAGAUGAAGUCCAUACUGGUUGGGCAGAGGACCAACGACCCCCGCAUGUUCUUACACUACACUCGUGAGGGCAACUACGAGCCGCUACGCCUCAUGGCGUUCGAUUGCCUUCUUCUGUGCAAGUCGCCGGGCCGCAGUCAGCCGCUAGCGCAGUAUCUCUUCCACGUGAUCCGGCACGACUACUCGCUCACCGUGCGCAGGCAUGUCGCGCGUGCCUUCUCCGAGUCGAUCCUCAUGACGCUCGCCGUCGGCGAGGUGCACAUGAGCGUCACUCCGGGUGGCAUUGUCGAGGUCACGGACAAUUUGGAGCAGCGUGAGAAGGAGCGAGACCAGGAACAGGCCAAGAUCGUGAAGGCUGUCCGCAAGGAGUUCAACUCCAAGCCCGAACUGCGACACGAACUGCUGGAAGCCCUGACGGUCUCGUUCACUGGGACGGACCGCGAGAUCCUCUUCGCGCUGAUCAAGGCUGCCGAGAUUAUCAGUCUCACGACGGCGGAACCCAAGCCGGGAGCGAUAAUCAAGCUCCAGACGCCUGUCACAGAAUCGCCUGCAGCGGCCGCCCCCAAAAUCCGCUUUAGCAUGACUCCCUCCUCCACGCCAGUCGACCCGCGCGGUCCUGGCGACACCUCGGACUACGGCUUCCCGCGGGCCCCUCCAGCCGAUGCGGCAAGCCCUCCGGCAGCGGCAGCUGCGCCUAUAAAGCUUGUUCUCAACAACUCUGGUCCGCCAAAGGACAAGAAGAAGAAGAAGAAGAACGUUCCGAAGGCGCAGACGGCAGGCCUGUCUGACGACGACUUUAAGGUCGUUACGCACGUCAUGGCCAAGCUGCAGGCCGACAAGCGCUCACUAUUCUUCCGACAUCCGGUUGACCCCGUACGCGACCACGCUCCAGAUUACACCUCGAUCAUCAAACGUCCCAUGGACCUGAUGAGUGCCAGUGCCAAGUUCGAGGGCGGUCAGUACGCGACACGCAAGGAGUUUGAGGACGACAUCCGUCUUAUUGUCUCGAACUGCUACCUGUACAACCCUGUUGGCUCGCCGGUCCGCAAGGCUGGAGAAGCGUUCGAGGUCAUGUUCGAUCGACUGUGGAAGAAGACGGAGAGAACGCUGAACGCUUCCAGCGGUAUCGACUCGGGACCUGCCUCACCGAGGCCGCCACCUGCAGGGGUGCCCCAGCUCAUGCCGCCACCGCCGGUACCGGUAGCCAACGGCCCGAAGAUCAAGUUGAAACAAGCAAAGACGGUAACGAUUGUCACUGGCCCCGCACAGAUGGCGCCGCCUCCCGUCCCGAAGAAGGCAGCACCUCCACCUCCGAAGGAGAAGGAGAAGCCGGCGAAGAAGAAGAAGGUGUCCAUGGUUGACGACCUCCUCGGCGCCGAGCUCGACUUGCUGGAGGGCACUGCACCUGGGCCGUCAAAGGCCCCCAAACAGCCCAAACAGCCCAAGUCGCGCCAGCGCUCCUCGCCAGACGACGAGUUGGAGGACUUGCUUGGUAACUCUCCUCCGCCCACGAAGAAGAUAAAGUUGAGCGCCAAGCCGAAGGCGCCAUCGUCUGGCGGCUCAUCGUCCGGUCCUGCCUCAAUGGCUGGCAGUCCUGCGUUCGUGCCUCGCGACAAGAGUCCUGCGUUCGUGCCCCGCGGCCAGAGCCCUUCGUUUGUCCCCCGUGACAAGGGUGACAAGACAAAGCCAGGCUCGAGCGGCCUCAAGGCCACUGUCGCCAUCGCCAGUUCGUCGAAGCUGUCUGUUGAGAGCGCGAGGCACAAGGUUGCAGAGAGCAAAAGGAAGGAGCGGGAACGUAGCGCCGAGUGGGACGGGAAGCGGGCUGGCGAGCCCUCCAAGCCGCGCAUCGACGCCUAUAAGCCGCGCAGCUCGGAUGGCAAGCGGGGCGAAAGUUCCAGGGCGCCGAAUCCCACUGCAGAGUUCCGCGAGGCACUCAAGAAGCCCGAGAAGAAGGCCAAAGAGAAGCCACGGGAACGGACGCUUUCGCCUGCCCGCCCCCCCGGCGUGCCCGUCUUCUCUCCUCCUCCGCCAAUCGACUCGUUAAUGUCAGGGCCCGUGCCCGCGCAACCAGUUGUGGCGCGUACCACUGCUGCACCGGCGCCGACCCGCGUGUCUCCUGUCCCUCCCGCGCCUGUCGCAAGUAUGGCGUACCUGCCGCUACCGGUACGGUGGCCUAAGCCUCCCGCGGACCUGGCCCCGACGGUGGGGAACACUAUGCCGUUCAGGCAGAAGCGCGCCAAGGCCAUGGUACAGGCGCUCAUCAAGGACCCUGCGGCUUUAUACUUCCUUAGACCCGUCGACCCUGUGCUCGACGGCUGCCCAACCUACUACGAGGAGAUCAAGCAUCCUUCGGACUACCAGUCGAUCAUGAAGAAGAUCGAUGGGAAGAGGUACCGCACGAUGGGAGAUAUGGCCAAGGAGAUCGAGUUGAUCUUCGCGAAUUGCCGACAGUUCAAUCCCCCUGGCCCGAUCACGGACAUGGCAGCGAAGAACGAGGAGCUGUUCUGGAAAGAGUGGGCGCGCGCAGUCAACCCCCGCAUGACGCCGGAUGAACGCAAGCUGAUGCUUACGGCACUCAACCGUGCAUUCAAGGAGCAAGUGUCGUUCAUCUUCCGAGAGCCCGUCGACCCUGUCAAGCUCGGCAUUCCGCAGUACUUUGAGAUAAUUCCGCAGGAGGAGGCGCGAGAUCUCAGCUUAAUCCGCGCGAAUCUCGAGCGCGGCAAGUACCAGCAGGCGCGGCAGGUCGACGAUGAUUUUGAGCUCAUGCUCGAGAACGCACGUGUGUUCAACGGCGAGGGCCCAAUUACGGACUUAGCGAACCAGUUUGGACAGUGGUGGAAGGCACAGCGGGGGAAGAUGGAGGCGUAG